AUGUCGAAGCUCAUUGAAAUCACCUCUAAGGCCGAAUUCUCGUCGCACUUAGCCACACUCUCGCCCUCCGCACUUCUUGUCCUUUAUUUCUAUACUCCAUGGACUGCUUUCUGCACACAAAUGAGCGCUACUAUGUCUACUAUCGCCUUGCAGUACCCAGCUAGUGACCCACCCACCAUCUCAUUUAUCAGCAUCAACGCCAAAGAGCUGCUUGAUAUCGCAAAGGAGCACGGCGUAUCCAAAGCCCCUUCCGUUGUUUGCCUGCGUAGUGACCAGGUUCUGGAAUUAAUUAGAGGCUCUGACCCCACAAAAGUGUGUGAUGCUCUUAAUCGCCAUGCUGGCGUCAAUGUGACCACUGUCCUCACUAUCCCGGCUCUUAAAUCCAAGGAGUCGAACGAUGCACUCAAUGCGCGUCUGACGAAGUUAGUCAAGGCUGCCCCUGUCAUGUUGUUCUUGAAGGGAACUCCCGAUUCGCCCAUGUGCCGUUUUAGUCGACGAUUGGUUCGGAUUCUGCGUGAGCACGGCAUCGACUAUAAUUAUUUUAAUGUCUUGGGCGAUGAGAACGUUCGAGAGGGUCUUAAGGAGUUUGGCGACUGGCCAACAUUUCCCCAAUUAUGGGUCGACGGUGAGCUGGUUGGUGGAUUAGAUAUCGUCCGCGAGGAAAUUAGCGCCAAUCCCAGCUUCAUGGGCCAGUAUGCUGUCAGCAAAACUGUCGCUGCAGAGGACUUUGCAUGA